GAUUAGACACAACAAAAUGCGCUUCCUAUUCGCUCUACUUCUCAGCGUGCUCCUGUGUCUGCUCCUGGCUCAGGAGGGCAGUAGCAGCACAUCUACAUCCUCGACGGCGACCACAUCCACCGACUCCUCUGCCACCACUACCACGGCUUCAUCCGCCACCACCACUACCACCACUGCCUCCUCCGCAUCCACCACGACCACUGCCUCCUCUUCCUCCUCCUCGGCGGAGGCCAGGAGGCGCAGACGUGCUCGCCGUCGUCGCCUGGCUCGUGAGCGCCGUCGUCGCCAGGAGCGGAGACAGCGCCAGGAAAAGAGGAGGCGCAGGAUGGAGCAGCUGCUGGUGAGGCAGCGUCGCCUGAUCAAUCAGCUUCAGGGAUAAGUGGGGGCUUGGUCCCUUAAGAUAGAAUCUUCGGCCGUUCAAUAGAAAUAUAAGCGCUGCACCAACUAAUCAGAUUAUUAGAUUGAUCUCUUUCUUUGGAGGUAUUUUUGAGAAGGCAUGCCUGCAGCGUUGAGCAAGGUUUCGUUGUGGGCAUUAGAGCAUUUAAGACGUUUCCACAGGCAUUCCCACGCACAUCUACAUAUUCUAUCCGACAAGCGGCGAAUCCGCGCAAUUCCAAGGCGGCAGACAAUUGGCCCUAUCCCUGGAGUUUAUUAUACCAGAGCUUGAGCGCUCGAAAAUGCUUUUCUUGCAGCCAAGCUCAGCAGUCAGCCCGCCUGGAAUCAAAUCAAAUAAAAUAUUCAUUUUGGUCUUUGAACUGUGCAUAAAUGUGCUGCUGUUCACGAAGUGAUGGAGCCACCCAAGCCCUGGAUACUUAAAUCUAUUGGAUGUGAAUAAAAAUUACGCUGAAUGUGUGC